GCCUCUACAGUUUCCCAAAUCAAGGAGUCAUUAAGGACCCACCACCCCUAUUUUACCUUCUUAUCUAAAACCAAAAAGACAAAACAUUACGUUUUGACAGUUUGUAAAAAGCUUGGAUUUGCUGACAGAUGCAAGAUAGUAGAUCCUAGAGGACUUAGUGGUGGACUAUUGUUGGCAUGGAACACAGAAGUAGAGAUCAAACAAGUUAUCUGUAAUACUUUCUGCAUAGAAGUUGAAUUUAGAAACCACAACUCUGAGCCAUUCAGAUGGGCAGUUUUUGUUUACAUGAGCACUGACAAGAGUACUAGAGAAUCUCAAUGGAGAGACCUUGAAUUCAAAAAAGAAUCUUGGGGACACAGCUCGUGUAUCAUUGGGGACUGGAAUGACUUAUCCAAACCAGAUGACAAGAGAGGUGGAAGGCUAAGAUCUCAGAGCAGUUGUCUGGGCUUUAAAACCUUUAUAUCCAACAUGGGCAUGACUGAACUCUUCCACAAAGGCCAUCCCUUCACAUGGGGAAAUAAUAGGACUGAAGAGGGUUUUGUUGAGGAAAGCUUAGACAAGGGGUUUGCUACUCUGGAAUGGCUCAGAAGUUUCCCUCAGUCCCAAACUACCUCUAUAUUUAAAAGUUCAUCAGACCACUAUAU